CACAACUCCAUUUGCAGCUUUGAAACACCACCGAGCCAGCGACACGAUUGCUUCCACGUAAAUGCUACCCGGCCGAGCUUUGCGCUGCUCCCGGGGAACGCACCAGCCUCGCAUUCAGGCCGCGGCUUCCGCGUGGGCUGCAGGCGUGGUUCCCCAGGGUUUUGUGCCCCUCUCGCGCGCUGCCAGCUACCACCAAUCAACCCGGAUGGCGUCCGUAGCUGCUGCUUCGUUUCCCUCGGCUGCUGCUGCGGCGGCUGCUACAGCCGCGUCGCCCGGCGGCGCGCCGCGGGACCCGGCGGCCCUGUGGCGCCAGAUCGCGUCAGUGUACGACAAGGCCCAGGUGUCGGGCGCGUGCAGCAAAACCGACACACAGGUGGAGAUGUGUCGGGAUGCGGGUCUGGGUGUGGAAUUUGUGUUGCGGGUGGCCACGGCGCUCAAAGCCAAACCCAAUGGGCCGCCGCAGCCCGCGCAGGACAAGGCCGCAGCCGCACCAUCUGCGCCCGCGCCCGCGCCCUGGCGCAACCCCUUCUCGCCGCCCGAGCCCGAGCUGACGGUUGGGCCGCUGGGCCCCACUGGCACACACACCGCCGUGCUCAACAAGUUCAAUGUGGUCGCCCACCACGUGCUGGUCAUCACCAACCAGUUCAGGAGCCAGGCUGAGCCCCUGCACGGAGCCGACCUCGCCGCCGCCCUGGAGGUGCUGCAGGCCAUGCCCGAGGGCGGUGUCGCCUUCUACAACUGCGGCCCGGAGUCCGGCCGCAGCCAGCCGCACAAGCACCUGCAGGUGGUUCCUCUGCCCUUCAUGGACGGUCAGCCGCCGCGCGCGCCCGUGGAUGGCCUGGUGGAGGCGGCGGCGGCGGCGGGCCCUGGCGGCGGCGCCGCGCCGCUACAGCCGCUGCAGCUGCGGCAGCUGCCGUACCAGUGCUUCGCCACACAGCUGCCUGACAGCCCCUCGCCCGAGCAGCUGGGCGCCGCCUUCGACAAGCUGCUACAGCUGGCCUUCCCAGGCUACAGCUACAGCCCGCCGCCAGCCAUGGCGGCGCUGCCGCCGGGCGCCUCGCCAACCGACGCCGCCACGGCGGCGGCGGUUGCCGCCGGAUCGGUGUCGUACAAUGUGCUGAUGACGAGGCAGUGGCUGCUGCUGGCGCCGCGCCGUACGGAGCGGUGCGGGCCGUUGGCGUUGAACAGCCUGGCGUUUGCGGGGACGAUCCUGGUUCGGAGCGAAGAGGAGCUGGGAUUCGUGCGGGAGAAGGGGCCGGGCAGUAUCCUUGCAGAGAUCGGCGUGCCGUGGUGAGCGAGGUUGUUGGAAGCGAGGGACGCUGGAAUGGAGGCACGGGAGGAAGGGAGGCUGGCACACAAGCACGUGGGGCGGGGGGGGGGGUUGCGCGCGGUUGUGCCGGAGAAAGGGUGGAACUGGGUGGAGGAUAUGAUGGCAUCAAGGCGAGAAUGCGCAGGGGAUAGAGCGUGCGCAUGGCGUGUGAUCGGAUUUCAAACGGCUCAUGAUGCGCCCAGGUGUCGCUCUGGGCCAGCAGGGCCUACAGGCCGGAUUGGGAACGCGGGGGGGAGGGGGGGGGCACCGUGGGGCAGCCAAGACGCCAAGUUCCAGUGCUGGCAGCCAUCGCCCAUGCAGACGUGCAUAUCAGCGUGCUGACCUCUCAACGUGCACAUGGUUGUCUUGUACC